AUGAGAUCUAUAAAUGACCACCAAUUUGCAGAGUUUCUUCUUCGUGUAGGUGAUGGGAGUGAACAAGUCAUCAAUGACGAAAUGAUAAGAGUACCAGAAUGCAUGGUGGUUCCAUGGGAAAGCGACCAAUCUAUCAAUCUAAUUAUUGAUGAAGUUUUCCCCAAUUUGGGUGAUCAUGUAAAUGAUGCAAGAUACAUGGUGGACAGAGCAUUGAUUACUCCUAUAAACAACGAUGUGGGCGUGUUGAAUGAAAAGAUAAUCAAUAUGUUUCCAGUUGAAGAAAUUACAUUGUACUCAUUUGACUCUGUUGAAGAUGACAUCAGAAAUUUGUACCAACCAGAGUUUUUAAACUCAAUAACCGCAGGUGGGCUGCCACCCCACAAGUUAACUCUGAAAGUAGGUGCUCCAAUCAUGCUUUUGAGGAAUAUUGACCCUAAAUUGGGAUUGUGUAACGAUACUAGAUUGUUGUGCCGUGGUUCGUACCAAAAUCUGAUUGAUGCUGAGAUACUAACAGGACAAUUUGCUGGGACUAGAGUUUUUCUACCUAGAAUUCCUUUGAAAAGUGCAGAAAAUGCUGGGCUCCCAUUUCAACUAACAAGAAAGCAAUUUCCAGUCAAACUGAGCUUAUGUUUGACCAUAAACAAAUCUCAUGGCCAGACAAUCCACAUGUAG